GUCCGACUCGCCAUGCCGACUGUCAGCGUGAAGCGCGAUCUGCUUUUCCAAGGCCUGGGCCGGACCUACAUUACUGAGAGGAGUCAGGGAGUGCCUUAGCUAGGUGGUUCUGGCUCUGGGUCUCUCACCACUUUGCAGUCAAGCUGUCAGCUGGGGUUGCUGUCAUCUCAAGGCUUGGAUGGGCUGGAGAGUCUGCUUCCAUCUGCUCACUCGUGGUUGCUUCAGACCUCAGUUUAUUCAAAGGCAUGAACAUCAGGAGUUAGAGAUCACUGGGAGCCGUCUUGGAGGCUGGCCGACGAAGAAUUUGAUGAGCUAUGUUUUGAAUUUGGUCUGGAACUUGAUGAAAUUACUUCUGAGAAGGAAAUAAUAAGUAAAGAACAAGGUAAUGUAAAAGCACAGGGGGCCUCGGAUGUUGUUCUUUACAAAAUUGACGUCCCUGCCAAUAGAUAUGAUCUCUUGUGUCUGGAAGGAUUAGUUCGAGGACUUCAGGUCUUCAAAGAAAGGAUAAAGGCUCCAGUGUAUAAACGCCUAAUGCCUAAUGGAAAAAUCCAGAAAUUGAUUAUCACAGAGGAGACAGCUAAAGUACGCCCUUUUGCUGUAGCAGCAGUACUCCGAAAUAUAAAGUUUACUAAAGAUCGAUAUGACAGCUUCAUUGAACUCCAAGAGAAAUUACAUCAGAAUAUUUGCAGGAAAAGAGCAUUGGUUGCUAUUGGUACCCAUAAUUUGGACACUUUGUCAGGCCCAUUUACUUACACUGCAAAACGUCCUUCAGAUAUCAAAUUCAAGCCUCUAAAUAAGACCAAGGAGUAUACAGCCUGUGAACUAAUGAACAUAUACAAGACUGACAACCACCUUAAACAUUAUUUACAUAUCAUUGAAAAUAAACCCUUGUACCCAGUUAUCUAUGAUAGCAAUGGUGUCGUUCUUUCAAUGCCUCCGAUCAUCAAUGGGGAUCAUUCCAAAAUAACAGUAAAUACUAGAAAUGUAUUUAUUGAAUGCACAGGAACUGACUUUACUAAGGCAAAAAUAGUUCUUGAUAUUAUUGUCACCAUGUUCAGUGAAUAUUGUGAGAAUCAAUUUACAGUUGAAGCAGCUGAGGUGGUUUUUCCUAAUGGAAAAUCAUAUACCUUUCCAGAACUAGCUUACCGAAAGGAGAUGGUGAGAGCUGAUCUGAUUAACAAGAAAGUUGGAAUCAGAGAAACUCCAGAAAAUCUUGCCAAGCUUCUGACUAGGAUGUAUUUAAAGUCAGAAGUCAUAGGUGAUGGGAAUCAGAUUGAGAUUGAAAUCCCUCCGACCAGAGCUGACAUUAUCCAUGCAUGUGAUAUUGUAGAAGAUGCAGCUAUUGCUUAUGGAUAUAACAACAUUCAGAUGACUCUCCCGAAAACAUACACCAUAGCUAAUCAAUUUCCUCUUAAUAAGCUCACUGAACUUCUCAGGCACGACAUGGCAGCCACUGGCUUCACUGAAGCACUCACCUUUGCUCUGUGCUCCCAAGAAGAUAUUGCUGAUAAACUUGGUUUGGAUAUCUCUGCAACAAAGGCAGUCCACAUAAGUAACCCUAAAACAGCUGAAUUUCAGGUGGCACGCACUACCCUUCUUCCUGGCCUCCUAAAGACCAUAGCAGCAAACCGGAAGAUGCCCCUUCCUCUGAAACUGUUUGAAAUCUCUGACAUUGUAGUAAAAGAUUCUAGCAGAGAUGUAGGUGCAAAAAAUUACAGGCAUCUCUGUGCUGUUUAUUACAACAAGAAUCCUGGGUUUGAGAUAAUCCAUGGGCUGCUGGACAGAAUCAUGCAGCUGCUUGACGUGUGUCCUGGUGAAGAUAAAGGGGGAUAUGUGAUCAAAGCAUCGGAAGGCCCUACUUUCUUCCCUGGGCGAUGUGCUGAGAUCUUUGCCAAGGGUCAAAGCGUCGGGAAGCUUGGGGUCCUUCAUCCUGAUGUUAUCACCAAAUUUGAGCUGACCAUGCCCUGCUCUUCUCUGGAAAUCAAUAUCGAGCCCUUUUUGUGAAGAUGGGUCUCUGUUGUGUGAUUCUCUUCCCAAGUGUCCCUUUCUCCUUCCCUUGUGUCCUUUAGUCCUCCACAGGGAACAUCCAUUUGUGCUUCAGUGUUUAAUAAAGUAGAAAGUACUGUC